AUGUCAAGUGACUUGGAUAAAGAACUUUAAUAAAAUGAUUCUCCAUUAUAUCAAAAUUAUCAAAAACUAAGUGAUUUAAAUGUAAAAACAAAAGCUGAUAUCUGUAAAUCUCUUUAGAAUAUUCAUCUACAAAUUAUUCAACAAGAUGAUCCAUUAUAAUAAGAAAUUGGUUCAGCAUUACGGCGUAAAUAGAGUCAUAUCAAAAAAGUCUAAAAGGAAUCUCAUUAUAGUUGUCAAAAGAUGGCUUCCUUCUCUAAAAGCCCAAGCUAAUCUAAUCUAUCUAAAGAAUCAAUAGAGAUUAAAAGUAUUUUAAAAAAAAGAGAAUCCUUUCAUAGUUCAAGUUCAAGUGAGAAAAUUUCAUAGAAACACGUCAAAUUUUGUUAAGAAAAUUCUAAAUUUAUCCAUUUAGUGUUAAAAUGA